AAAAUCCCCCUCACAGCACUGAACCAUUCCGACCUCAUGAUUUCACUUUCAGCUGAUAGAACCUUUCCUUCGAAGCUCUCGUCCUCCUCAAAUGGACUCUGAAGAGCGACCCCUUUGAUCAAUUUCGCCCUUUGCUGUGAGUAGUUUCUUCAUCAUCACAAAUUUGAUUCAUCCCCAUCGUUGCAAUCGAAUCAUCUGUUUCACUGUUUUACAAGCUUCGGACUCGUGGUUUCUCCGUAUCCAUACUGAUUGAUGCCCAGAUUUGAUGAUGAUCAACAUGGAAAGAACCCGUGAAAGUGCUGAGAAAUGUAGGGGUAGCAGUCCGAGGAAGACGGCAAAGGUUGCUGAGACCAGGGAAGGCGAACAAGUAGAUAGGCUUAGCAGUUUGCCUGAUUCUGUCCUUAUUCAAAUCCUGGCACUUUUGCCCACUAGAGAUGCCGUUAAGACACUGAUGAUCCCGAGCCUCGGUCGCCUAUGGGAUCAAACUUUUAUCUUGGACUUCGAUUGGUGCGCGGCUCACCGUUGUUCCCAGAAACUGUGCAAUGACGGCCCUUUCGAGGAACAGUUUGGACGGUUUGUUGCUUUCGUAGACCGUACCGUGAUGCUCCAUAGAAGCCCGCGGGUUUUUAAAUUCCGCCUGAAGAUUAACUGUAGCGCUGAUUACCUCCAGGAUCGAAAUUUGCCCCGAGACCCUGAAGAGGAUGAAGAGGCUGAUAACCGAACACAGUUGAUGGAAUUACUGGACUCUUGGCUGGAAUCUGCAAUUCAGAGGAAUGUUGAGAUAUUCGAUUUGGAUUUCAUUGCCUGCGGCUUUCCUGGUUUCUUCAAUCGAUACGUGUUGCCUCCUUCUGUUCUCCGUAGCAAUUCUUUGGUUGAAAUGAGGGUGGCCAGCUGCAGUUUGAAAUUUUAUCCCCAGAGCUGUAUGAAGGCACUCAAGUGUUUGUAUCUUGAGGAUAUUAUUCUGACUGAUGAUCUCAUCGAGAGUAUUUUAUCUACAUGUCCUGUGCUCGAAACUCUUUCCUUGAAAGAUUGUUAUGGCUUCAGUAGGGUGAGUUGUGAGUCCCAAAUGCUUAAAAUGGUAAUCGUUUCACCAGAUAUUCUGUCAGAAUGGAAAAUUGAGGUUGCAGGCCCAUAUAUCACAUCGCUAAGCAUCUCAGGAUGGAUAGAACGUAUGAGCCUUGGGAAUUUACCAUCUCUUCAUGAUGCAACAAUUGAUAUCUGCAAUCAGUUUUGUUGUGUUCCUGAUGACUAUCUCUUGGUCAAGAAGGUUUUUGAGAAGCUUCAUCAUGCGAAAGUGCUUACAGUGCAUGAUCUGCCCAUUUUGGUCACGAUGAUUUGGGAGUUGUUAGGUUGUCAAUGUCCGUCCUCUAACUGGCAGUGCUUAGUUCUGAAGACAAAGUUGAACAAAUGGCACCUCCCAGGAGUCGCAAAUCUCUUGAGGAACUCUCCUUCUUUGGAGACGCUCGAUCUUCAUAUUUUCAAAGGCGAACUUCCUCAGACGCCCGUACGGGACUCAUGGCUCAUCUGGUAUAAAUUUGACGAAGACAACUACUGGACAGCGAAAGACCACUCUUUCAGUUGUUUAAGGACUGGCCUGAAAACUGUUAAAUUAUCCGGAGACGUGAUGAAGGAUACCGUCCUCCAGUUCGUGCAGUUUUUACUUGGCAAAUCACUGGUCUUGGAGGAGCUCAUUAUCUUCAUUGGGACAAAAGAUCGUUCAAUUAAGGAUGGAGAAUUGAAGAAAUAUAAAGAGAAGGUGUUUCAUUUCCCGGUAGCCUCGCAUAAAGCUGUAGUCAGGUUUCGCUGAAGGGUUGUCGUUCCUUGGAAUGUCUGAUCCGGAUCGAAUCAUGUGAUCUUUCACCAGAGUGACUAUUGAUUAGAGCUGUUCAUAGUAGUGCUUGGUGUUUGUAAACAAUGAUCUGGAAUCUCAGGAAUCUCAAAUUCAAAGAUGUAAUUGUAGACUCGUAUUGCAACUUGAGAUAUGCUUUCUGGUCA